AUGCCGCCGAAGAGGAAGGCCGCGCCCGCCGUGCAGGGCGGCGCAAAGGCAGGGCGGUCGUCUCGCAUGUCCACACCGGGAGCGGCCACUCCUCGAAGCCUCGAGAGUGCUGAGGAACCAGACGACGACGAUGUGCCUGUCGACGAGGUGCUCGAGCGUGAUAUCGAGAAGAACAUCGAUCAGUUCUCGCUCGAAAAGUACCAGAAGAAGCACGUCAUACGAGAGCCUCUUUUCCAUAUUUUUGGUCAGAACGACUUUUCGUAUCUCGACCUCAAGAAAGACCACCAGAACCGCCCACUGUGGAUCGAUCCCAAGAAGGGACGCAUCAUCCUCGAGAGCUUCAACCCGCUGGCCGAGCAGGCCCAGGACUUUCUCAUCACCAUAGCAGAACCUCAGUCACGACCGACAUUUAUGCACGAGUACGAUCUCACAACGCAUAGCCUUUACGCAGCCGUUUCGGUAGGCCUGUCGCCACACGACAUCAUCAACACACUCGAGCGCUUCCUCAAGACGCCCCUGCCGGACGAGAUUCGAGACUUCAUCAAUAGCUGCACACAAAGCUACGGAAAAGUCAAGCUAGUCUUGAAGAAUACAAAAUACUACGUGGAGAGCCCGGAUCCCAACAUGCUGCAAAUGCUGCUCAAGAACCCCAAGAUUGGACCUCUUCGAGUCCAGGGGACUGAAGAGAUCACCACAUCAGCUGCUCCCAAGAUUGGAGGCCUUGUCAUCCCUGGAACAAAGAACGCGGCUGGCGUCAAGCAGGCGAAUGGGCUACAGCAAGGGAGCGGAGAGCAGCAGCAACAGGACGGGCAACAAGUCCAGGCUGGCGACGUGCUCACGACGCUCAACGAAGAAGAAGACGACGAUGACCAGGAAGUGACCCAUUCCUUUGAAAUUGCCGACAAGGACGUGGAGACGGUUCAGAAGGAGUGCCUAAACCUGGGCUUCCCGGUUCUGGAAGAGUACGACUUCCGAAGAGACGAAGCGAAUGCCAAUUUGGACAUCGAUCUCAAGCCUGGAACGCAGAUCCGGCCGUACCAGGAAAAGAGCCUCAGCAAGAUGUUCGGUAACGGCCGAGCAAAGAGUGGCUUGAUUGUCUUACCCUGUGGCGCUGGCAAGACACUCGUGGGCAUCACGGCUGCCUGCACGAUCAAGAAGGGCGUGAUAGUCCUUUGCACCAGCUCCAUGUCCGUCGUGCAGUGGAGGCAAGAGUUCUUGAAAUGGUCCAACAUCAACCCCGACGAUAUUGUCGCCUUCACUUCCGACUCGAAGGGAUCUGUCUUCACUGGCAGCACUGGCAUCAUUGUAACGACGUACUCCAUGGUGACCCAGUCCCGUGCGCGGUCCUACGAUGCCGAGAAGAUGAUGAAGUUCUUGACGGGCCGCGAGUGGGGCCUCAUGCUCCUCGACGAGGUUCACGUCGUGCCCGCAAACAUCUUUCGAAAAGUCACAUCGUCGAUUAAGACACAUUCCAAGUUGGGGCUUACGGCCACCCUACUGCGAGAGGACGACAAGAUUUCAGAUCUUAACUUCCUGAUUGGGCCAAAACUUUUUGAGGCGAACUGGAUGGAGCUAUCAAAGCAAGGUCACAUUGCACGGGUGCAAUGUGCAGAGGUGUGGUGUCCGAUGCCCACCGAGUUCUACGACGAGUACCUGCGAGCCCCAUCGCGCAAGAAGAACUUGCUGUACAUUAUGAACCCACGCAAGUUCCAGGCUUGCCAGUACCUGAUCAACUAUCACGAGUCAAGAGGCGACAAAAUUAUCGUGUUUUCUGACAACGUCUAUGCGCUCAAGGCUUACGCGCUGAAGCUUGGCAAGGCCUUCAUCUACGGUAGCACAGGCCAAGCGGAACGACUGCAAGUCCUGGAGAACUUUCAGCACAACCCACAGGUCAAUACGCUGUUCCUAUCGAAAAUCGGCGACACGUCACUAGACUUGCCCGAGGCUACAUGCCUAAUCCAAAUUUCCUCUCACUAUGGCUCUCGACGCCAGGAAGCGCAGAGGUUAGGGCGAAUCCUUCGAGCGAAGCGUAGGAAUGACGAGGGCUUCAACGCCUUCUUCUACUCUCUGGUGUCGAAAGAUACGCAAGAGAUGUACUUUUCAUCGAAGCGGCAGGCCUUCCUCGUCGACCAGGGGUAUGCCUUCAAGGUGAUUACGCAGCUGGCCAACAUUGAAAAAACGCCCGGCCUAGCUUUCGCCACGGCAAGCGAGCGGCGAGAGCUGCUACAAAAGGUGCUGGUGGAGAACGAGUCGAUGGAGGACGAGGACCCCACGGACGACCUCUUCCACAGCGGCACGAUGGGGCGCAAAAAGAAGAAGGCACGGCGGACGGCGGGGACGCUGGGCGAGCUCAGUGGCGGGCAAGACAUGGCUUACAUCGAGCAGAACAAGAGGGUCAACCAGUCGCUUAAGAAGAAGAAUGGCAAAGAGAGCAGUGCAUUCUUCAAAAAGAUUGGGCGAGAGAACGCGCGUCGGGCGGCUAACAAGUAG